UCUUUCCUUUGCACUGUAACAGUAACAUUUCUGUGGUAAUUUUCUUCACAGAAACCUUGCACUCAUAUUCUGUGAAAAAUUGGUAAUUGUUGAGGUGAUAUGUUUCAUUUAUGUUUAUAAUAUCUCUGCGUUUUUAAGAUAAUUGAAUGCAACAGUCAUCAAAAAUGAAAGAAUGUAUGAAGCUACACUGCAUUAAUGAAGCACACGCCAAGGAAAAGUUUGAGAAUUGCUGAACUAUUUUUCUGGGAAUGAUGGAAAGAUUGCUACUGUUUUUGGUGGUUGUAUUUUCACUUGUAAAAUUAUGACAAUGGAAAGAAAAAUAAAACUCAGAUCCUUAAACAGCCAUAUAACAUGCAAAAUCUGCAGGGGAUAUCUGAUUGAUGCCACUACUGUAACAGAAUGUUUGCAUACAUUCUGCAAGAGCUGUCUUGUGAAGCAUUUAGAAGAAAAUAAUACAUGUCCAACAUGCAACAUUGUUAUACACCAAUCACAUCCCUUGCAGUAUAUUAGUUUCGAUCGGACUAUGCAAGAUAUUGUCUAUAAACUAGUUCCAGACUUGCAGAAGAAUGAAAUUAAUAGGGAGAGGGAGUUUUAUAAUGUGAGAGGGUUACCUAAUCCUAAAGACAUACCUCUUCCAAAUACAGAUAUCAAUGGUGACCAUGAAGCGGACCCUCAUGCAGAAUCGGAUUACCAUAGGCAGGAUGAACAAGUAAAUGUUUGUUUGGAAUGCAUAAGUUCCAGUUUAAAAACUUUGAAAAGGAGGUUCAUAAGAUGUUCUGCUCAGGCUACUAUUUUACAUUUUAAGAAAUUUAUUGCCAUGAAAGUUUUAAAUGGGAUGGAGAAAUAUAGGGACAUUGAUAUUUUGUGCAAUGAUGAAUUGCUGGGCAAAGAUCAUACUUUAAAAUUUGUUUAUGUUACACGGUGGAGAUUUCAGAAUCCACCCUUAACCUUGCAGUAUAGGCCGAGGAUUGAUAUUUAAAAAGUUUUUUUAGUGUCUUUGGGAGGCACCAGUGAUUGUGUUUAUUGAGUGUAGAUAUUAUCAGUACUUAAAAUUGUAAAUAAUACAAGGAGGUCCAAGUUAUAAAACCGAACAUUUAUUCUUCUACAAGGUGUUAUUAUUUUUAAUUUAUACAUUAACUAUUUAAUGCAAAUUGUUGAUUCUGAAUGUACAUUGUGCAAUAUUAUCAAACCAUACUUUCUUAUUCAAUUGUUUAGUUAUCAACUUCUUUUCACCUUGUAUAUUUGCUUACUUCUCCUAUUCGAAAAAAUUUAUAGCUGUUUGGCAAUCUUUAUUGUGAAAGAGAAUCUAUAUGUACUAUUUUUUCAAAAUUUUGUAGUAUAUGUAUCAAAUGUGUUGCGUGAUAUUUGUAAUAUUCUCUUAAAGAACAGUAAUAAAUCCAGUUUUUUACU